UGCGACUUUUUUGGACUGCGAAAUCUUUUUCCUGUGCAAGUUGCUUUGACCUGAAUUUUUCGCGUAGCCUAUUUUUCGCUCAACCACCUUCACAAAGAAAAAUAAAAAACCAAUGGCACAAACCGUUCCUGUCAAUCGAGAAAAGGAUUGUCCUUUCUUACUGCGAGUGUUUACGCGCCUGGGCGGCUUUCAUGCGGCUCGUCAAUUCUCCUUAGAAGGUGUACCCGAAGAAGACGAAUUACAACUGUAUACCUGGAAGGAUGCUACAUUGGAAGAAUUAGCUCAACUUAUUCGAGAAGUUAUUCCAGACGCACAGCAUCCUGAUGCUCGUAUUGUAUUCCGUCUUAUCUAUCUUGACAGCGAUCGAGCAAUGUUCCGUAGUAGAAACCUCGGCCGUGUGACAUAUAUCGAGCCAUCAGCAGAUCAGUCAAAAACGUUGGACGAAUGUAACUUUGUAAUUGGCGAUUACUUGGACGUUGCGAUACAUAUCGGCCCACCACCUCCACGUACAGACCGUCCCAGAAACGACAUGAGAAAUGACCGCGGAUCACGAUUUGGUGACAACGACAGGAGAGAUCGCCGCUUUGGAAGAGAUGCCCGACCCUUUUAUAACAGAAGAGACCGCUUCUAAUGGUGGUGGAUAGCGAUCCUCUCAACCUUUUUUUUUUUUCAAUACAAUAAAAAAUCAGCCAAGAAACAUGUUGAAAAUAGCAACAGUUUUCGGAGUUGAGUGACGUGGGUGGGCCAGCGGUGCCUAUUCGAGUUUGAAGUCCAAGUGGACUUGAUUAUCCACCUUCAACUCCUUGUCCUUCACACAACAUGACUUCUGUCCAAUUCACAGUAGGCAAGCUCGAUGCAGGCAUGGUAUGCUUCUUUCUCUCUCCUCUUUUUAUUUUUUGGUUGGUAGUAUAGCACAAGGCAAAGGAAUAUAACGCCCUCAUUGUUUUUUAGGCUAUCCUCUUAACAGAGGAUC